AUCGUCAUUUGUCGGUUUUCUUUGUCAAGAUUCUAUUUUUAAUCUUUCAUUCUUCUUAAAUUUAUGACCUUUCGAACAAAAUCCUUAUCGACAUAGACUGGAAAAAGACACUGAUUGAAGGGGAAAUGAUGAAACAAAAUUGGUGGAAAUCAGCUUAUAAGCAGAAUCACUUCGUUUUCAAGUUGGGAUUUUCGAUUUUGUUGGUGGGUUUUGGAUUCAGACUUCUUUUCUCAGAGUCAUCCACUGUGAUCCCUAAUGUUUCCGAUAAUAAUAAUACCAACAAUACCCCUGCUGUGGAGAAGGAUGAGAACCCGAUUUCUUCAGAUUUUGCAGAUUCUCCCAAAAUAGUGAGCGGAUUUCAUGUUAAAGAUAAUAAUUCGGAAAGGUGUGAUAUUUUUGAUGGUGAAUGGAUACCAAACUUGGGUGAUCCAAUAUACACGAAUAACAGCUGCAGAUGGAUCGAAAGCCAUCAAAAUUGCAUGGGGAAUGGGAGGCCGGACACCGGAUAUCUUCAUUGGAAAUGGAGUCCUAAAUCUUGUGAAUUGCCUCGUUUUGAUGCAAAGAAAUUUCUUGAGACGAUGAGGGAUAAAUCAUGGGCUUUUGUUGGCGAUUCGAUAACUCGCAAUCAUCUUCAAUCCUUCCUUUGUGUUCUGUCUGAGGUAGAAGAUGCCGUGGAGCUUUACCACGAUAAGGAUUACAAGAACCGAAAAUGGCAUUUUCCGUCUUACAACCUUACAGUCUCGGUUAUGUGGUCUCCUUUUCUCGCAAAAGCCGAGAUUUUUGAAGACGUUGAUGGUGUUUCGUCCUCAGAGAUCAAACUCCACAUUGACAUUCUCGACAAAACCUGGACCGAACAAUUUGACAUGUGGGAUUACGUCUUAUUCUCCUCUGGUAAAUGGUUUAUCAAAACAGCAAUCUACUAUGAAAACAAUGCCAUUCUCGGCUGCCAUGGUUGCCAAGGAAAGAACUACACUGAUCUUGGUUUCAACUUCGCUUACCGGAAAAUCUUGAAGAAUCUUUUUAAAUUCAUCAUGAAUUCCAACCAUAAAAGCAUGAUCGUUUUCAGAACUUCAACCCCAGAUCACUUUGAAAAUGGAGAAUGGUCGAGUGGUGGGACUUGCAAUCGAGAGGUACCAGCUAAAGAAGGAGACUUUGAGUUGGGGGAUCUGAACAGAAUCCUUCGGGAGGUCGAAUUACCAGAAUUUUCAAAAGCGGAAGAUGAAGCUUCCGAGAAAGGGGUUAAACUGAAACUUUUAGACGUGAUGCCACUUUCGUUGCUGAGACCUGACGGGCAUCCUGGUCCGUAUAGACAUUUUUACCCUUUUGCGAAAGAUAAGAACGCGAAAGUUCAAUAUGAUUGUCUGCAUUGGUGUUUGCCUGGGCCAAUUGAUCAAUGGAAUGAUUUGCUGAUGAAUUUGGUGAUGAAUGAUGAUUGAUGAAUGUAGGCAUAUUCACAUGUGAAUAGCGUUAAGAACUCCAUUGUUGUGCAUCUUAAAUAGUAUAUGUUGUUGUUUCCACAAUUUCUUGUUACAGUUUUGUAAUCAGGGAUUCCUUUAAUGUUUUGUUAUGAGCUCAAUUGAGUAUUUGUAAGGUUUGAUUAAUUUUAUUUCAUUUUCUUUUUCAUUUCU